AUGGAUGUCACCACGCCAGCGCACUCGGAGACCACAGGGAGGACCUCAGGGCCCAGCACUCUACAGGGAACCCUCGGCAGCCUGGACAAAGCUGAAGACCACAGCAGCAGCAUCUUUUCUGGGUUUGCGGCUCUCCUUGCCAUCCUCCUGGUUGUUGCAGUUUUCUGCGUCCUGUGGAACUGCAGUAAACGGAAGAAGCGGCAAGUUCCCUACCUCCGAGUUACCAUCAUGCCCUUGUUGACUCUGCCUCGACCCAGACAACGAGCCAAAAAUAUUUAUGACCUCUUGCCCCGAAGACAAGAAGAGCCGGGAAGACAUCCCUCAAGGAGCACCCGUAUUGUCAGCACCGAAAGCCUCCUCUCCAGGAAUUCUGACAGCCCUCCCUCAGAGCAUGUGCCCUCCCAAGCAGGCGAUGCCCUCCACAUGCACGGAACCCAUAUUCAUGCCAUGGGGUAUGCAGUGGGCAUCUAUGACAAUGCCAUGUGGCCCCAGCUGUGUGGAAACGUUGCUCCCUCAGCUCACUAUGUCAAUGUCAGAGCUUCAAGAGGUUAUCCGAGCACUUCUUCAGAGGAGUCAAGAGAUUAUGUCAAUAUCCCCACAGCAAAGGAGAUUGCUGAGACUUUGGCUUCUACCAGUAACCCUCCUGGGAACCUCUUCAUCCUCCCAAGUACCAAGGAGCUGGCACUGUCUGAAGAAAUAGAUGAGGGUUGUGGGAAUGCCAGUGACUGCACCAGUUUGGGGUCUCCAGGAACUGAGAACAGUGAUCCACUCAGCGAUGGGGAAGGGUCUUCUCAGACCUCAAAUGACUAUGUCAACGUGGCAGAGUUGGAUCUCGGGACCCCCCAAGGGAAGCAGCUCCGGGGAAUGUUUCAGUGCCGCAGGGAUUAUGAAAAUGUACCACCAGGUCCCAGUAACAACAAGCAGCAGGAGGAGGAAGUGACAUCCUCAAACACAGACCAUGUAGAGGGCAGGACAGAUGGUCCAGAGAGCCACAUCCCACCUGCCGUGCAGUCAGGGAGCUUCCUGGCUUUAAAGGAUUAUGUGGCCUGUCAGUCGUCUGCCCCCAGUGAGAACGGGCCGUGGAAACGUGCAGAAGAGACUUCAAGUGAGGACUCUCAUGACUAUGAGAAUGUGUGA